UAAAUUAUAAUCUUGAUAUAAAUAAUACUAUAAAAUUAAUGUUUGGCAAGAAUACUUAUGUAAGAAUUCAGAAAUUCAAGUAAUGUAAAUUGUAAAACAAUGUGUCAGAAAUUAAAAUUUAGAAAAAAAUUUAAUUUUCAGAUAGUAUUAAAUUUUAAACAACAAUAGACAUAUUAUUUUUUACAAUAAAUUUAUAUAUUAUUAUUUAUCGGUGCAACUCGUUUGCGCACAAUCUACAUUUUUUACCUAGAUAUCGAUGACUCGUUUGCGCACAACGAAAUCAGUCGUUUACCUGUAACGGACGACUCGUUUGCGCACAACAUAAACACUGAGUAACAUAUAUUUUAUAUUUUUAAAUUUGGACUUACCUAAAGUAAUUGAAUUAUCGGUAAAAAUUAUCAGUACAAAUUACCAGCAUAUCAAUAAUCAAUAUAUAUCGAUUUAAAAUAAUCGUCGUGUAUUAGGAAAGCAUAAUACUUUUAAACAGUCGUUCGCCAGAAAGCUGUACUAUAACAACUGACUAUAUUGACUAUGGAUAUCGAAAUUUGUGAUGUUUUUGAAACGCGUCGAGGAAAAAAAUGUUUAAACAUAGAAAAUUAUAAAUUUAGAGAAUUCCGAACUUUAAAAUCUGGUGAUAAAAAUUUUAGGUGUACAAAUAAAAAUUGUUCCGUAAGUGCUGUAGUUAGGUUAGUUAAUGAAUCAUAUAAAAUUUUAAAAAUUACAAACACGCAUACCCAUGACGAGUACGACGACCGAACAAUUCAUCGAGAAGUAGUAAGAAGCAAUUUGAAACGUAGAGCCGAAGAGGAUUUACAUAUUAAACCAAAUAAACUAAUACGCCGGGAAUUGAAAAACAACGAAAAAUCUGAACAUCUUCAAUAUAGCGAUAUGAAAUUAAUUCGAAGAUCCAUGUAUGAAAAACGAAAAAAAUCCUUUCCAAACAUACCGAGAUCUUUAGAAGAUGCUAAAAAACAAUUAGUUGAUGAUCAGCAUAAUAUUACUUACAAAGGUAAUAAAUUUUGUUUCGUUAGUGAUGAUGAAAAUAUAUUUAUAUUUACAUGUAAACAAAAUUUGGAAUUGCUACAAAGUGCAGAACACGUUUUUGGGGAUGGGACAUUUUCAUUCGCUCCGAAAUAUUUUGUUCAACUUUAUACUAUUCACGUAUUUACAAACAAUUUUUAUGUUCCUGUGGCAUUUUGUUUUUUAAGUAACAAACAUACUGAUACUUACAUCAGUAUGUGGAAAACAUUACAAAAUAUAUGUAUUCAAAUUACUGGUAAUAUAAUAAAUUUAAGCAAUUUUCAUGUCGACUUUGAAAAAUCUGCGCAUAAUGCAGUAUUGCAAAUUUUCCCUAAAUGCAAAAUCAUGUGUUGUAACUUUCAUUUAGGGCAAAAUUGGUUUAGGCAUAUUCAACAACAUAAAUUAUUAUCGAGCGAGUACUUAAACAACGACUCAGAAGUUGGAAAAUGGAUGAAAUGUUUUUUUGGAUUAAGUUAUUUACCCCCUGACGAAGUUUCCGAUGGAUUUUGUGAUCUUAUGUCAAUAGCACCAAGUACUACGUCUAAUAUUUCUAUAUUUUCCGAUUAUAUUUUAGAAAAUUACAUAACAUCGGACAGCAAUUUCCCUCCAACAUUAUGGGCUUGUGAACCUACUAAUAAUCCUAAGACUACUAAUGGUGCCGAGAGUUAUCACAAACAAUAUAAUAGUCAGUUUUACACUGCUCAUCCGCACAUACAUCAAGUAAUCGACGUCAUUAUUGGAAUUCAAAGUGACACUGAUUUAAAAAUUAAUUCGAUAAACAAUAAAAUCAUGAAUUUCAAAAGAAAAGAGACAAUUAAUAAGGAGAUACAAUUGGAAAACAUUUGGAAUGAAUAUAAAAAUAAUAUUAUUAAUCGUUUAACUUAUAUGAAGAAAAUCGGACUUAAAUGUCACCAUUCUAAAUUAGUAUAAUUUUAUAACUAAUAGACUACUAUUAUUACUUAUUAAACCUACA